AUGGCUACAUUGGAACAACAAUUCGAAAUUUUAAUGAAAGAAUAUAAAAGUGUGAAUUUGAUGUUGAAUAAACAUCAGGAGAGAUUAUAUGAGUUGGAAGCAAAAGAGUUAACAUCUGCUAAAAUCAAAGAAAUACUUGACAAAUAUGUUCAUAAUGUUAGAAACUCUCGCAAAUCACUCUCCAACUCUGAAAAUAUACCUAAUGACACUCUAGAUAUAUCAACCUAUUUGAAAUUUGUGAGUCGUGAAAAUGCAAUAGUGCAGCUAAUGAAUAAUAUGAGCAACUUACACCAGCUUGUGACAAAUCCAGGAGAAUAUGCAGAACCUUUGAAAAAUUUAUAUUUUGCUGCUGCUGUAGGAACAGCUGGGAAAGGCAAAACAACGUUUGCUCGACGUGCUUAUGAAAAUGAAGAUAAAUAUUAUGGGGUUGUAAGACCUGAAAUUGCAGUUGCAGUAAAAAAUUGUAUUUAUGCAGGUCGGUCUUUCCGCAUAGCAUGUGAUAGUUUUACUAUGCAUGAGCUUAAAGAGGAACCCGAAGCUGUAUUUGGAUUAAGAUUACUUUAUGAGGCAAUGAAAUAUAAGCUUGGAUUAACAGAAAUUUCAACUUACGAGAAUUUUCGUGACAAAUUUAAGGGACAUACUAUUGCCCUUAACGAAAUUCUUGAUGUUAUUCUUUCUUACUUUCCAAAUGAAGAUAACAGCUUGGAUCUACCUCUUAUAAUCAUCAAUAUUGAUGAAACUAACUCAAUAUUUGAACGCAAUAAAGACAUAUUUCUUAAAGAAGUUUUCAAAUCACUCUCAGAUAUGAUUUUUCGACAUUACUUUAUCUUUCCUGUUCUAACCGGAACCCAUGCAAGCAGUCUUUUUUGUACUGUCAAAUCAACAAAUGCCAAAAUUGAAGAAAUCUAUUUACCAUUACUAAAGACUAAUCAUGCCAAGGAAGUUAUUCUUGAAUUAGCAAAUCGUGAGCAGAAUAAAGAUUCAGCGGAAUGUAUUUUGGAACUCUCUGUAUAUUUGGAAUAUAUUAUUGAACUACUUGGUGUGGUUGGACGAUUUUUAGAAAUAUUGAUAUUUCAGAUGGGCGUUAUUGGAUAUGCUGAUAUGAAUCAUCAUCAAUAUACUACUAUUAAAAAGUUCUAUUAUGCAGGAUUUCGCCAUUUCUUACAAAAAUUGCAGAACAAUCCAAAAUUCUGUGAAAUUCUUAUCAAAAGAACAAAGGAAAUCAUUCAUUCAAAAUAUAAUCAUUACUUUGAUCACUUUAAAAAAGAAGAAAAUACCGAGAUUAUUCCAUUAUUAGUAGCAUACAGUUUAUUUGAUAUUGGUAUCAGUCGAGUAGAAUCAAUUGGAACAAAAAAGAAGCGUAAAUUUGAGGAGCUUGAACAAGAAGACAUCAUUUUUAUUGAUAAGAAUUUGGAUGGAAAACAUUCAAUUAGGCUUCCUUUCUUGAUUUUGCAUGAAUUAUAUUCACAACAUCGAAACCCAUGUACAACCCCAGAAAUUAAACUUCUCGAGUCCUUGGAUAUUGCACUUUCACCAGAUGAAAAUGAACGUGUCACGUUAUCGGUAUUUGUGUUUCGAUUAUGGACCAUUUAUCAUACAACUAAAAAUGAAAGAAAUGAUGGACUUUUUCAAUGCAAACUUUCAAGACUUGUACCUUUGCGAAAUGGCCAAAAAGAUAGGGUUUUAAAAUUUCAUCCUUGGUUUUCUGUACGUGAUACUUUAGAUUUAAUUACAAAGGAAAAUUGGAAAUCUUUUAUUCAUCAAGUUCAAAAUCAGCAACAACAACGUUAUAAAGAAU